UCUCUUUCUGCAAUUUCCACAACUCAAGGAAAUUGAGAUAUCAACAUAGAGAAAAGGGUAAGAAACUCAAACCCAAUUCAAGUCAAUGGCAUCCACUUCACUUUUCAAGUUCUUCUCCAUCUCCUUCUUUCUCUUUUCUCUUCUCACAACCCAAGCUGUUUCACAAUCUAAUGAAUGUGAAACAACAACCAAUGCAUGCACCAAUAAAGAAAAGGCGUUACGACUCAAAAUCAUCGCCAUUUUCUCGAUCCUCAUUGCGAGUGUGAUCGGCGUUUGUUUACCUCUCUUCACUCGAUCGAUCCCGUCGUUGCACCCUGAUAGAAACAUGUUCAUCAUCCUCAAAGCCUUCGCGGCUGGCAUCAUUCUCGCCACUGGUUUCAUGCAUGUUCUACCUGAUUCCUUCGACAUGCUUUGGUCGAAUUGUUUGAAAGAGAAUCCAUGGCAUAAGUUUCCCUUUUCGGGUUUCGUUGCCAUGAUGUCGGCGAUCCUUACGCUCAUGGUCGAUUCCAUGGCUACGAGUUUGUAUACCAAGAAACAUACCGAGGUUAUGCCUGAGAAUUCUCAAGGAGGAGAUCAAGAGUUGCCUAUAAUUAUUACUAGUGACAACAAAGAAAUUAGUUCUGGUUCUCAACUAUUACGUUACCGGGUGAUUGCCAUGGUUUUGGAAUUGGGAAUCGUGGUUCACUCGGUUGUGAUUGGUCUAUCACUUGGAGCCACAAACGACACAUGCACAAUCAAGGGCCUAGUGGCUGCUCUUUGUUUCCAUCAAAUGUUUGAAGGGAUGGGUCUUGGUGGCUGCAUUCUUCAGGCAGAAUAUAAAUGGAUGAAGAAGGCAAUAAUGGCAUUUUUCUUCUCGGUGACAACCCCAUUUGGGAUAGCCCUAGGAAUAGGGUUGUCAAAGACAUACAAAGAAAACAGCCCUAGUGCCUUAAUCACUGUGGGGUUACUCAAUGCUUCUUCAGCUGGCCUCCUCAUCUACAUGGCUUUGGUGGAUCUUCUUUCAGCUGACUUUAUGGGCCCAAAGUUGCAGGGCAGCAUCAAACUUCAAGUCAAAUCCUAUAUUGCCGUUCUCUUAGGUGCUGGUGGCAUGUCUUUAAUGGCGAAGUGGGCUUGACAACAUGACUAUCUUAGCCAAUUACAUUUGUCAAUCUUUCAAUUAAUGUAUCACUCUAUAAUUUCAACUCUUUCUGUUC